CUUCACCCAACAGGACAAAUCACUGAAGAGUCUUUUUCUGUUAAAGGUCAAAGGUGAAGCUCCAGCUUCUGAUGAUAGCAACCUGUAAAGUUCAUCUGAUGGCAGAAUGUAUUGUUUGCAGGAAAAUGAACAUCAUUGUAGUUUAGGUUGUGUUCGUCGCUUUCUGCAGCAGUGUUGGUGCCACUGCAGGGAGAUACCAAAGUCAGAAUGUAGUGUCUUACAGGAGAGGAAACCUUCAGUAUGGUUUCUGAUACUCAGGUGUGCACACAGAGAACAUGUGUGGCUGCAGGGUGUUGUAGAAACUGAGACGACCUGCACAGGAAGAGGAAGUUCUCAGCUCAGUGUAUUUAGUGUGAGUGCAGUCUGAUGCUCAGACAGGAGGAAGGCGACAUGGAGGUCAGAGCUCUCUGCUUCAGACUGUUGAUAAAUGUGUUGAUGCUGCUGGUCACACAUGUGCAGCAAGGUUAUCCUCAGACAUCUGAUGCAGAUUUUCACAUGGUUCCAUCCAGACUGCAGCUCUUUCAAUAUGAAUCAGUCUCUUUUACCUGUCAGGGGUUUAAUGACCCAGCAGGAUGGAGAGUGAGAAAUGUCAAUGAUAUCACUCCUAAAUGUUUGAAUGGUGCAGCGCCAUCAACAGUGACCUGCACCAUUGACUAUGCCUUUAAAUCAGACAGUGGAGGAUACUGGUGUGAAGGUGGAGGAGGACGGAGAAGCAACUCUGUCAACAUCACUGUCUCUGAAGGUCAUGUGGUCCUGGAGAGUCCUGUUCUUCCUGUGAUGGAGGGAGCAGCUGUGACUCUGCGCUGCAGAAGCAGGAACCCUUCCUCCAACCUCACAGCUGAUUUCUAUAAAGACAGCCUCCUCGUUGGGACCAGCCCGACAGGAAACAUGACUAUUCAAAAUGUUUCCAAGUCUGAUGACGGCUUCUACAAGUGUAAAAUCUCUGGAGCUGGAGAGUCAGCAGAGAGCCAACUGAUGAUCAGAGCUGUGGCUCCAAACCCCACAGUUGGGUCUGUCGUCUCUGGAGCUGGAGAAUCAGCAGAGAGCCGGCACACAGUCAAAGUGAGGAUCCCAAAGACUGACGGCUCGGUGAAACAAAGUGAGAACUCAAACACACAACACACAGACAGAAAAGCACCUCGCAGAGGGGUUUUUUUCCCUCAUCCUUACUACAUCCUGCUGUGGGCCAUUAUCUCUGUUGUGCUGUUUCUGCAGCUGCUGGUGAUUGGACUGCUCUACUGGAAGAAACAACUAGUCUUACUACAGGUCAAGCUGAGUGAUCCAAACAAGGACAUGUACACUGUCGUCAAAAAAGAUAAGAAAAAGAAACGUAAAAAAGAUGCUGCAGAUGCUGCUGAUAAUUUGAGCAUCUGUCUUGAGACAAACCACAGCAGAGACCCACAGACAGAAAAAGAUCAAGAUGAA